UAGCGGAGAUCCCGAGCGUGCCAAUCACUGCUGCAGUCUCGACCCGCGUGGAAAGACUGUACACCUCGUUUAUUUCAUAACGCAAAUGUGGCAAGCCUGAACCAACGCUUUUUUGAUUCGUCCUCAUUCGUCGUCCUCAAACUGGUUUAUUCAUCCUAUUCACGCCAUGGCCAACAUAGAGGAGAAAGCUGACGAGAAACAGACGAGUUGGAAAGAUUUUAUCUACAACCCACGAACGGGGGAAUUCAUCGGGCGCACUGCGAGUAGUUGGGCUCUUAUAUUCCUCUUCUAUCUGGUGUUCUAUGGUUUCCUGGCUGGAAUGUUCACUCUCACCAUGUGGGUGAUGCUACAGACGCUGGAUGAUCACACCCCCAAAUACAGGGACCGAGUGGCCAAUCCAGGGCUGGUGAUCAGGCCCAAGUCCAUGGAAAUUGCAUUUAACCGCUCCAUUCCCCAGCAAUACAACAUGUAUGUGCAGCACCUGGAGUCCUUUCUACAGAAGUACAAUGACUCUAUGCAGGAGGCCAAUGAGCUCUGUCCUAGGGACGAGUACUUUGAGCAGGACAAUGUUGAGGAGAAGAAGGUGUGCCAGUUCAAGAGAAGUCUGCUACGACAGUGCUCUGGACUUGCUGAUAGUACUUUUGGUUAUUCCGAGGGCAAGCCAUGCAUCCUGGUCAAGAUGAAUCGAGUUAUUGGGCUGAGGCCACGAGGAGACCCACAUAUAAACUGUGCAGCCAAGAGAGAAAAUCCACUGCAGAUGCAGUAUUUCCCAAUUGAGGGCAGGCUUGACAAGAGCUACUUCCCCUAUUAUGGCAAGAAAUUACAUCAAAAUUACGUCCAGCCAGUUGUAGCCGUUAAGCUGCUGCUGGCCGAGGAGGACUAUGAUUCUGAGCUGGCCAUCGAGUGCAAGGUGGAGGGCUCAGACCUGAUUAACAACAAUGAUCGUGACAAGUUCUUGGGCCGUGUUACCUUCCGGGUGAAGGUGUCCAAGUAGACUGGAUCAUUCAUAGAGACGCACGAUGUCAGUUCCUCUUACUCAAGCCCUGCCUGUUCCAAUGACGUUUAUCUCUCACCGCUCUGUACCUAAUCGCAUACAACCCGUACCCUAAGCGGUGUCCUAGAAGUUUGAUCAGGGCCUUUAUGAAUCAAACACAAUACGUCAAAACAGAAACUUGUCCUGGAUUUCCUAGAUGUUUGAUGCAUGCUAACGUUAAUUUGCCCUGUAUUAUGGAUGGGGUCCGAAUAGUGUGUGAUGGUUAAUCAAGGUUUUAGUUUAGAUUUGUAAUUUAUUAUUAUUUUUUUUUUUUCAUUUAAAUUCAUUGAUCUCACACACUACCCACCAGAUUAUCAUCACACACUCACUGGAAAUAAAAACCAAAAGGAAAAAACAAUGCACAUUCGUUCUCUGAUGCCUCCCUUAAGAGCGAACUUAGUGACAUCGUGUAGUAAGUUUAGGGACCUGUAAAUAGAUGCAUCAACAUAUCAUGUCGAAUGUGGUCUGCUCCCUCCCAUUGUAACUGUUUAGCCUGCCAUGUGUGUUUGUGUGUGUGUGUGACGUGAAGCCUCUAUGUACAUACAUAAUGGAUUUUAAACACUCUUUUUAUGUCAUCGUUCUCACUACGUCUGACUGCUGUAAGAAAUCAAGAGUAUGAAGUUAUAUAAUAGCUGUAAUUUAAGAUUAUUGAGAAAUAAAAAAUAUUAAGGGGGACACCAAAAAAACAUCUAGCAAAUUUUGAAACCCCUCCACCAUCUGAGGGAAGUGAUUUUUUUUAAACCUCUGCAGAAACUGUUCUUUGUGCAGAUGCCUUACGGUCUGUAUGAGUUUAAAAAUCUUGAAAUAAAAGUGAUUUUAAACCAA